ACGUGAGUUGACUUCAUGCCGAGGUAGAUCAGCACACAAGAACCUGUUUCGCCCGUUUAAAAGCAAAAGUGUUUCUCUUUGACAUGGAGGGAUUAUGUGUUUUAAAAUGAAGAGGACUAGAUACAUAUCAGCAGAAAUGGGCUUUACUGAGUUUACAGCUGUGUUUGUUGUUCUGCUUGUGGAUCUGGGAGGCUUAGAUGCUGUCACGUUUAAUCCAAAGCUUUGUGUGUUUGCGCAGAGCUCACAGAUUGACCCUGUUAUCGUAGAUGAGCAGAUGCUCUGGAUUGGCGGUGGGGCAGGAGAAGUUCACACAUACAGGAUUCCCUUGCUCACCUUCACUCCUCAGGGACAUUUACUGGCUUUUGCAGAGGCUCGGAAGACAUCUUCUACAGACAUGGAGGCCAAAUUCAUAGCUCUGCGCCACUCUACAGACAGAGGAGCAACCUGGUCACCAACAUCCUUCAUAGUAGACGAUGGCUCACAGACUGAUGGGGUGAAUCUGGGUUCAGUUGUAGUGGAUGAAGAGACUGGAGCUGUGAUACUCAUUUACUCUCUGUGCUUUUACCGCUAUCACUGCAGCCCCCCUCAGACCAUGAUGACAGAAAGCCUGGACGACGGUCUGACCUGGAGCGCCCCGCGAAACCUCAAUCCACAGCUGGGGAUCAAGAGCUUCAUCCCUGGUCCUGGUUUUGGAAUACAGAAGCGUCACCCCCCUGCUGUUGGUCGUCUGGUAGUAUGUGGUCAUGGUACUCUAGCUGGUGACGGGGUCUUCUGCAUCCUGAGCGAUGAUCAUGGCCGUACUUGGAGGAAUGGAGCUGCGCUGAAAAGCAUCCCUUACAACCAAAACAAGCAAGAUCUAGAUUUUAAUCCAGAUGAAUGUCAGCCAGUCGAACUAGAUGAUGGAAGUAUAUACGUAAGUGUGCGUAACCAGAACCACUAUCACUGCCGCUGUCGUAUAGUUGUGCUCAGUCUGGAUGGAGGAGAGUCUCUGCCGGUGGAGCAGCUGGUGUUUGAUACAGCACUGGUGGAUUCUGCAGUUGCAGCUGGAGCUUUACAGAAAGAUGCAGUCCUGUACUUCACCAAUCCUGCCAAUUCACAUGACAGAGUUAACCUCACCCUUCGCUGGUCUCUGGAUCAUGGUAAAUCAUGGUUGAAUAAUACUCUGAAGAUCUGGGAUGGGCCAAGUGGAUACUCCUGUAUAGCAUCAAAUAAAGACAAUGGAACCGACAAUCACAUUUAUGUUAUAUAUGAAAAAGGCCAAAAAGACUAUUGUGAGACAAUCUCUUUUAUAAAAAUAAAUCUGCACAGUGACCUUUAAACAAUGCAGUUGUAAUAAUGGUAUUUAUUUACAUGACUUUUAACAUUAAUAGGUUUACCUGUUUUAUUAAUAAAAGCAGUAUUUUUAAAACAGCAUUAUAAUGUAAAAUAUUACACAGCAAAAGCUGGUAAACAUAAAUUCAUUGUUCAGUAUUGUGCUGGUAUUUAACCUGUUUUCUAAUGGCACAGCCUUGUUUCUGGCUUUGUUUCUUGGCCUGAGAUGAGUCAAGUUUUUAAAAUGUGCAUUUUCAUGCAGUAUCAGUCACCAGAAUACUAAAAUGCUUUUUUGCAUCUAGAAUACAUGAGACCAUAUGCUUAAUUAUACCAACUAACUAUAAAAUUGUAGCCUAAUUAUUUAUCUUAAUUGUUCAAAUAUAACAUAAAGGUCUUCAUUUUAGGAUCCUGUUCAAAUCUUUUAAAAAGUGUUAGUAAUAUGUUACCCUUUUUCUGUUAAUAAGUUCAGUCACUGGAUGUUUUGCUUCAGACAACUGCGCUCUGUCGCCAUCUCUUGACAGGAAUAGGCCAUUGGACAUGAGGCCGAAAUUUCCGCACGUUAUGUAAGGAAUAAUUGACGACGGGCCGUUCAAUUAUCGAAAGUUAAUGCACACCCCGAGGUGGUAAUGCGGCCACUCGCGUCGUGCCACAACGCCCUUAGCUGUUAUAAAAUGCACUGUAAC